AUGGAAUCAGUUAAAGCAGCAAACGACUCACCUAAAACUCCUGGCGGCAUUAGUAAAUCGUAUUUAACUCCUAUAAGAAGGGUUGGUUUGUCUCGAAAUUGGAGAAAAAGUGGACCUUCCCCAUUUAUUUCUCCUUUAUCUACUUCUAGUAAUAGUCCUGUAGCAACUAAUACUGAAAAAUUGUCUAGGAAAAGAAAGAUAAUACCAAGUGAUGAUGACAGCCAGCAGAACAUUGCAGAUCAAGAUUCUAUAUCUGGUAAAGGUAUUACUUUUAGCCCACUUUCGUGUAAUACACUAACUGCAUCAGAUAUAAGUAGGACUCCAACUCGCAAUUUAUUAGUUAAUAAAAAGUCUAAAACAUUAGUAUUGAAUAAUGAAAUUAUUGAAGAACCUAUUUCUGAAGAAAUAAAAGUAAUUAAUAAUACAAUAAAUGAUUGUAAUGAAUUUAAAGCUAAUAAAGAAUGUCCAAAAAGUUCUGAUGUUAAAGUGUCAAAACUCUCUAGAACAAGUUCUAAAAAUAAGAGCAAAAUACACAAACCUGAUUUAGAUGUUGAAAAUAAGGAGACAACUAAAAAUGAUGUCUGCAUUAAUGAAGAUAAGAAUAUUAAUGAAAAGGCACGCCAGGAGUCUAAUGAUGUUAAAAAUAUCAACAAAGAAUGCGAUACUAAAAAACAGAAGAGUCCAAAUGAUUUAACAAAGGAAUGUGUUGUUCUUAUUCAGAAGAAAAUAUUUAAAUCUUUAAAUGUCAAUAAAAAUAAAACUGAGGUUAAUGAGAAAUUGAAAUCAAAUGUUGACAACCCUUUUUCUCAAGUUCUAUUUGAUUCUGACUCUGACGACGUACCAUUAUGUAAUUUCAAUGAUAAGGGAAAAAUAAAAACUGGUAAUACUAAGUGUCUUCCUAUUAAUGAUGAAGAUGACUUUCAAGAAACAAAAAUAGAUAUUAAAAAACUUGUGAACAAAACAACAUCUACAAGUGAAUUAAAACAUUCUAAAACAAAAGAAAAAAAUAAAAUAUCUAAAACCACUAAACCUCCAAUAAAAAUUGAGAACACACCAUCGUCACAGAGUUCGGCAUCUUUUGAUGACGAUGAUGACUUUCAGUUUGAAAAGAAAAAAACUAUCUUAGUUAAGAAAUCAUAUGACAAAGUUACAAAACCUUUAAAAGCAAAAUCGACUGGAUCCAUAACUCAAAAAGAUAUAGAAGAAAUAAAGCAUAGGAUAGAAAAAAAGAAACAAUUGUUACUGGCUAAAGCAAUGACACAUGAAACCUCAGAACUUAGAAUGUUAAUUAAAAAAUGGCAAAAAGGUUGUCAGAAUGCAUUAACUGAGUUAUUAGAACUGAUGAAAAAGAAAAUGCCAGAUAAAGAAAACAUGGAAUACUCAGAAAUAUUACAGAUACUAAAAAUUCCACCGGACUUAGUUGGAUAUGAUUCAGAAAAUGACUGCUUUGUCACCCCUGAUGAUGCUACUAUCGUUUUAUCUGAAUUUAAUGUG